AUGGCUGAACGGAGAAUCUCCUAUGCUCCCGACGUCGAAAACGGCCAAAACGCACGCUCCUCUGGCGAUGUCAUCGACGGCCAGCCCCUCGAUGAGUACUCUGCUCUGAACCGCUACAUCUCGACCGCGCGCGACCGUCGUCGCGGCUCGACAUCCAGCGCCGGCGCCCUCGAGGCUGGCGAGAAGAAGAAGGGAUGGCAGUUCUGGAAGAAGUCUGGCACCGGCGAAGCCACCGAUGACCAGUUCAUCGCCCCCGAAGAAUGGCUCGAAACCGACAUCCGCGCUGGUCUCAACAGUAGCGACAUUGACGGUCGUCGCCGCAAGACUGGCUGGAAUGAGCUGGUCACCGAGAAGACCAACCUGUUCGUUCAGUUCAUUGGUUACUUCCGUGGUCCUAUUCUGUAUGUUAUGGAAUUGGCCGUUCUUUUGGCUGCCGGUCUCCGUGACUGGAUCGAUUUGGGUGUCAUUAUUGGUAUUCUGAUGCUUAACGCUAUUGUCGGUUGGUACCAAGAAAAGCAGGCUGCCGAUGUCGUCGCCUCUCUCAAGGGUGACAUUGCCAUGCGUGCCUGGGUCAUUCGUGACGGUUCCGAGCAGGAAAUCCUUGCCCGUGAACUCGUCGUCGGUGAUAUUGUCAUUCUCGAAGAAGGUACCGUCGUCCCUGCCGAUGUCCGCCUGAUCUGCGACUACGAAAAGCCCCAUGAGUUCGAAAAGUACAAGGAGCACCUUACCGCCAUGGCUGAGGACACCCUCAAGGAGAAGGCCGAGGAUGAUGACGAGGAUGAGCACCACACUGGUGUCUCCAUCAUCGCCACUGAUCAGAGUGCCAUCACUGGUGAAUCUCUCGCUGUCGACAAGUACAUGGGCGACGUUUGCUACUACACCACCGGUUGCAAGCGUGGCAAGGCCUUCGCUAUCGUUACUGCCACUGCUAAGUACUCUUUCGUCGGAAAGACCGCCUCUUUGGUCCAGGGCGCCCAGGACCAGGGUCACUUCAAGGCUAUCAUGAACUCCAUUGGUACAGCUCUGCUCGUCUUGGUCAUGUUCUUCAUUCUCGCUGCCUGGGUUGGUGGAUUCUUCCGUCACUUGAAGAUCGCUACCCCUGAGGACUCUGACAACAACCUGCUCCACUACACUUUGAUUCUCUUCAUCAUUGGUGUCCCCGUCGGUCUUCCUGUCGUUACCACCACCACUCUCGCCGUCGGUGCUGCCUACCUCGCCAAGCAGAAGGCUAUCGUCCAGAAGCUCACUGCCAUUGAGUCUCUUGCUGGUGUCGACGUUCUCUGCUCUGACAAGACCGGUACCCUGACUGCCAACCAGCUCUCCAUCCGUGAGCCCUACGUUGCUGAGGGCGUUGACGUCAACUGGUUGUUCGCCGUUGCUGCCAUUGCCUCUUCUCACAACGUUAAGAACCUCGACCCCAUUGACAAGGUUACCAUCCUCACUCUCCGCCGCUACCCCAAGGCCCGUGAGAUUCUUGCUCGCAACUGGGUUACCGAGAAGUACACUCCUUUCGACCCCGUCUCUAAGCGUAUCACUACUGUCUGUACCUGCGACGGUGUCCGCUACGUUUGCGCUAAGGGUGCCCCCAAGGCUAUCCUCAACUUGUCUGAGUGCUCCGAAGAGGAGGCCCGUCUCUACCGUGACAAAGCUUCCGAGUUCGCUCGUCGUGGUUUCCGUUCUCUCGGUGUUGCUGUCCAGAAGGAGGGUGAGCCAUGGCAAUUGCUCGGCAUGUACCCCAUGUUCGACCCACCUCGUGAGGAUACUGCCCACACCAUCACUGAAGCCCAGAACCUCGGUCUCUCUGUUAAGAUGUUGACUGGUGAUGCCAUUGCUAUUGCCAAGGAGACUUGCAAGAUGCUUGCCCUCGGUACCAAGGUCUACAACUCUGAACGUCUCAUCCACGGUGGUCUCACUGGUUCCCGCCAGCACGACCUUGUUGAGCGCGCUGAUGGUUUCGCUGAAGUCUUCCCUGAGCACAAGUACCAGGUCGUCGAGAUGUUGCAACAGCGUGGUCACUUGACUGCCAUGACUGGUGACGGUGUCAACGAUGCUCCUUCCCUGAAGAAGUCCGACUGCGGUAUCGCUGUCGAGGGUGCCACCGAGGCUGCCCAGGCUGCCGCUGAUAUUGUCUUCCUUGCCCCCGGUCUCUCCACCAUUGUCGACUCCAUCAAGGUCGCCCGUCAGAUCUUCCAGCGUAUGAAGGCCUACAUUCAAUACCGUAUCGCUCUUUGCUUGCACUUGGAAAUCUACCUCGUCACCACAAUGAUCAUCAUUGACGAGACCAUCCCUGCUGAUCUGAUUGUCUUCAUUGCCCUUUUCGCUGAUUUGGCUACCAUUGCUGUCGCCUACGACAACGCUCACUACGAACAACGUCCUGUCGAGUGGCAGUUGCCCAAGAUCUGGGUCAUCUCUAUCGUCCUUGGUCUCCUUCUCGCUGGUGGUACCUGGAUUGUCCGUGGUUCCAUGUUCAUGGCCAACGGUGGUAUAAUCGAGAACUGGGGUCACCCUCAGGGAAUCAUCUUCCUCGAGGUUGCCCUUACUGAGAACUGGCUCAUCUUCGUUACCCGUGGUGGAAAGACCUAUCCUUCCUGGCAGCUUGUCGGCGCCAUCUUUGGUGUCGAUGUCCUUGCCACUCUCUUCUGUGUCUUCGGUUGGUUGACCGAGCCCGACCAACAGAUCACCCACCCUGCCGACCACGCCAACUUCACCACCAACGGCCACACUAGCAUUGUCACUGUCGUCAUCGUCUGGGCUUACUCCAUUGGUGUCACCAUUGUCAUUGCCACUGUCUACGCCAUCCUCACUGACAUUCCCUGGUUGGACAACCUCGGCCGUCAGACUCGCUCCAAGGCCGAUACUCACUUUGAGAACAUGGUCGGCCACCUCUCCAAGUUGGCCCUUGAGCACGAAACCGAUGAAGCCACUGGCCGCUCUCGCUACGUCCUCACCACUCGUGCCCCUGAGGAGGAGGAUGACGAAUAG